AGGAGUUGAAGAUGGCUGAAUGGUCUAACGAAUCGACAAUCCUCUGGCAGAGUUACACAUCGAAAGGCUCGGAAAGAGAAAUAACAUGUUUGAAUACAAAAGUGAAGUGUGACAUACAUAAUGUGAAGAUAAGGCGAGCUGGAAAAAGAGAUACGAAUAGAAUCAGUGAAGAGUUCCUAUCUCAAGGACAAAACAUCAAUAAACGGUUUUACACAUUGCCAUUGCAGCUUCUCAGAGUAUUGGGACACAGAACGUCAGUGUGGCCUCCUGCAGCACUUCCAUACCAGGCCCAAGAGGAAACACUGCAGUACAGGCAGACACCUCGACUCCAU